AUGAUGAGCGGUGGAGGUGCGGUGACGGGUGUGCUGCUGCUGGUGCUGGUGGUGCAGUAUGCUGGCGUGUGGGUGCUGACGUGGGAACAAGGCGACAGCAGAGACCACCACGGCAGCCACCAGCAGCAGCAGCAUCAGCACGACAACGCACACAGCCGGCAGCAUGGCGGGCGUGACAGCUUGGAUGCGAGGACAGACCUACGGCGCCGACUGCUGAUCAGCGACGUUCACGUGGGCAGCUUGUUUGCUGCCGCCAUCGACGGCGAUGGCAUCGCGGCGCUGAUUGAGAACGCGGUAGAGCAUGGAGAGUACCUUGUGCUGCCCAAUGUCAUCAAGUCUACAUCAUUUGUGGACGGCGGCGGGGUGGCGGGUGAGCUGGCGGCGUCGUCGGUGACCAUCUGCACACAUGCGUCCCUGGACAACGUGAAGGCAGCUCGACACCAGGCACACGCAUUCAGAGCACAAGGCGCUGUCUCCAUCGCCGUCUUUGUGAACCAGGACGUCGCCCUCGCCCUCGCCACCCUGGCGCGCCUCGCCUUGUGCGCAGACUUCAGCAAUGUGGAUGCGCAUGUGGUGCUGGAUCGCGGUGCGCUGCACACGUAUGCGUUUGAUUUGGAUGCUGCGGUGAACACACUCACCAUGGACUGCGAGCAGCUGUUCACGGGACGGGAUCAGCCCAUGGAGAACUACGGCAAACACCUUCCAUACCCAAACAACGCACUCCGCAACAUUGCACGUCAAUACGCCACCAGCAAGUUUAUCACGGUGUUGGAUGUCGACAUCGUGCCGUCAGCAAGCCUCGUGCGUGCUUUUUCCGAUGCUGCUGCUCAACUUGAUCCUGCUGAGAUCAGCAACACCGCGUUUGUGCUUCCAGCCUUUGAAAUAUCGGCGGAGUUACCUGUGCAUGAGUUCCCGACAACGCGUGAGGAGAUGUUGGCUACACUUGCAGCUGGCACGGCGCAGCCCUUCUACAAGGACGUCUGCUGGAAGUGCCAGAAGCAAACCAGAUACGACAUCUGGGAAGCAACGCCAUCAGACCUGACGUAUGAAGUGCCGUGGACGGACCCCUGGGAGCCGUUUUACAUCGCAAAGGCAUCAACCUGUCCUCCAUAUGACGAGAGAUUCAAGCAAUAUGGGUUUAAUCGCAUCUCCCAAGUCUGUGAAACGCACAUUGCGGGAUUCAAGUUCAAGGUGCUGUACGAUGCAUUUGUCAUGCAUGCAGGCUUCAAGGUCCCCACGGCCUUCCAUCCAACGAAGCAAGAGGAAUUAUCGUCCAACCGCAUGCUGUUCCGGCAGUUCAAGCAGGAACUCAAAUCCAAAUACCCCGGAGUGGCGCGACGCUGCUACUGA